CCAUAUCCGGUUUACUUGCUCAUUGUUGUCGGCUUCACUACUGCGUGGCUUCGGGAUUCGGGAAGAUGGCGGCGGCGGUGUCUGCGCUGUCGCUUUUGUCACUAUUACAAAUAGUGUCCAAUGUAGGAGCAGAGCUGGCUUCUGAGGCUUGCCGAGAGAUGGGCUUCUCCAGCAAUCUCCUGUGUAGCUCUUGUGACUUGUUGGGACAGUUCAGCUUAAAUCAACUUGCCCCAACAUGCGGACAAUGCUGCCAAGAAGAAGCACAGCUGGAGUCUGUAAAGCGCUACCCAGGAGCGAUCUUGGAAGUCUGUGGAUGAAGACUGGGCAGAUUCCCACAAGUCCAAGCAUUUGUCCGAAGUGACAAGCCGAAGAUGUUCAAGGGUCUGCAAAUUAAGUAUGUCAGAGGCUCUGACCCUGUGCUGAAGCUGCUGGACAACAAUGGGAAUAUCCUGGAUGAACUCAGCAUCACCAAGUGGAACACCGACAGCGUGGAGGAGUUCCUUAGUGAGAAGUUGGAGCGUAUAUAAGAUCCUUGCCACCUCAGAAAUCAUGUACCCUUGCCCUAACCCUAACCCUAAACUAAGAAGCUGGUUCAACCAGGACCCUGUUUCUCGAAAGCUGUUUCUGCUAACCAGUUAGCCGCUUACUUGGUUUCCAAUGGGAAAAUGCAUUGCAACCAAGUAAGUUGCUGACUUUGUUAGCAGGGAUGUUGUCGAGAAACGCACUUGUGGUAAACCAUCUAAUCGAAGAACCUGUAGUCCUCAUUGUCUUAACUAAAUGAUGUCUGCAGGUACAUCUAUGAGCAGGUUUACCACUUCCUGAAGGUGAACUAAGAUUAGGUUCAUCAUUAUGUUCUUAGCAUAACCCGAUGGAUUUGUAUGAAAUAAGACCUGGUAAAUGUUCACAACACAUAAUUGACAUAACACCUCAACAGUUACAUUUUGUUGUCUGUAAAAUGGAAGCUUGGGUGUCGUAAAAAAACAAUUGUGACCAUUAUGUCUGGCACGAACUGCCCGAAAUUGACCUCAACUUCAUCAGUUAAUUUAGUAAUCCGUUUGAUUUUCAGUCCUCCCGUUUGAUUAUUUUUUUAAAGUAAUUUUUAUGAUAAGAACGUAACAUUGCUAUUUCCCAUUGCACAUUAUCGUUUUAUUUUGUCUGCUGCCCUGAGUGUGCCCAUACUUAGGUAUACAUUAAUGAAGACCCCUCAUGAAACCGAAACAGGGAUGAGGGGUCGGAAGUCCAGUGUACCUUUUGACUGGCAUUUACGAAAAAGGACUUCACUCAGACACACAUUCACAUCUGUACUAAAUUUCUUUUGUCUUGUGUAUUCAGAAAGAAAUGGUUUAGACAUUCCAAUCAAUAAAAGUUGUUAAAGAUCAAA